ACGGUGGUUCGUUUGUCGCAGUCGGGCUGGGCUGGGUCGCUGUGUUCAGUGUCCGUAUACUAUUUGGGCGUGUUAAUAUAUGUUGAUAAAUCGAAGGACGGUGAAUUUUGUAUAAAAACGUUAUAUAAUAAAACAAAUAAUUAAAGUGUAUCAUUUUCAAACAGAAGUGCUCUUCAUAUAACAGUUUAUCGUAGGCAAUGGUUUUGCCACUGAUGAGUAAUAUUUAAUAGUACAGUGAAUUAUUUUUAUAUAAACAAAAAUGGGGAAGUUGUUGAGUCUUUUGGCCCGUGACGACUCGAACUGCUGUUCGUCGCCGCGCUACGAUAUCUUUUUGGAUUUCGAGAACGCUGCGCCCACGGAUACUGAGAAGGAGGUUUACGAGGAAGUUCAGAGAGUUUUGUUGGAGUCUGAGAAGAUUUUGGAGGAGAUACAGUGUUACAAGGGGGCAGGGAAGGAGAUACGGGAGGCUAUAGCGGAUCCAUCCAGAAUAUCGCAGGAGCGAGCCUGGCGCGCGGUCAAACCGCUGGUGGAUAAGCUGCUACGCUGCUAUAAUCACUCUGUGGAGCUGCAGCGGGUAGUGCCACGGUUAUUAGGCUCACUAGUCGGCGGUGCCAUGAGCCCGACGCAGCAUCUAGAACAGCAACAGGCCCUCGUCAAGCAGUUCGCUGAAAUACUGGAGUUCGUGCUCAAAUUCGACGAAUACAAGAUGAAAACGCCAGCGAUCCAAAACGACUUCAGCUACUACCGCCGCAGCGUCUCUCGAGGCGGCCUCAUCAACCCAGACCUACCUCCCGACGAAACCAACAUCAGCGCAGAAAUAGCCAAUAGAAUGUCGCUGUUCUAUGCUCAAGCCACGCCGAUGCUCAAAGUUCUUUCAGAGGCUACCAGUCAGUUCGUGAACGAUAAUCAGCAGGAUUUGGAGAACACUACAGAGACGCUUAGCACAAUGGCUAAAGUGUGCUUAAGGAUGUUAGAAAACCCAAAACUCGUCGCUCAGUUCAGCCGCGAAGAAACCUCGCUCCUAGUUCUCCGCGUAAUGGUCGGCCUAAUCAUUCUCUACGACUGGGUCCACCCCUCCGGCGCCUUCUGUCGCUCCUCCUCCGUCGACGUCAAGGGCUGCGUCAAGUUCCUCCAGCAGCAAACCCCGGCCAAGGCCGAGCCUCUGCUCAACGCCCUCAGGUAUACCACCAAACAUCUCAACCACCAGACGACACCGAAGAACAUCAAGACGCUGCUAGCGGCGUGAGGACAGCAUUCCAGCCUUGCAUGUUGCUGUGGGGAAUGAAGACAAUAAGUUAGGGGAUUUCUCAUCGGCGCUUUACGUUGCUGUAGUUUAGCUGCGUUUUGUUCACACACUGCUGUCGUAGACCAAACAUUUUAUUCUGAAUCCACCGUUCAAUAUACAUUUUCUAAAAAGGGUAUAUGAAGGGCGGCUGUGUGAACGAACGCUUAGGGUCAAACUGUCUGGGGAACCUUGUCAAGUUCUGCACUAAAUCCGACGACCGGUCUGGCUCAGUCGGUAGUGACCCUGCCUGCUAAGCCGCGGUCCUGGGUUCGAAUCCCGGUAAGGGCAUUUAUUUGUGUGAUGAGCACAGAGUUUUGUUCCUGAGUCAUGGAU